AUGAAACUCAACGUUCUUCUUUUAGCCGUUACUGGCGCAGUCCGUGUCCAGAGUACUACAGUUUUCGCACAUUUUAUAGUAGGAAACAAGGCUGAGUACACAGAAAGCACUUGGCGUACGGACAUUAGGCUCUCCAAGGAAGCUCAUAUUGACGCCUUUGCCUUUAAUAUAGCCCAUAGAGAGCCUAUGUACGAGGUUUCUCUUGAGCGCGCUUUCAAUGUCGCCAAAGAUGAGGGCUUCAAGCUUCUAUUCUCUUUAGACUACGUAGGAAGAGGUCCUUGGCCGAAGAAGACCGUCAUCAGCUAG